GGAUUUUUUUGAUUUGGCAGCAUCAUUGCUUAUAUUGGACAUCAAAGGAUGCAUAUUUUCAUAUUAGAAAAAACACCAAUUUGACAAUCUAGUAUAUUACAUUUUGUAGAAAAAUAAAUUAUUAAAUUUGAUCUGUCGAAUUUGUAAAGGAUUUCUUCUGACUGUAGCAAAAAAGAGACAAAGAUUAAAACACAGAAAACAAACAGUCGAAGGUUAAAACUAAGAAUGCCAAUGGGAGCAGAACCUGUUUAUCAACCAACGACCGUUUCAGUAUCCUAUGAACCUCGACCAAGGAGAAACAAUGGGUAUUCAGUGCCAUUAAAAAUAUUAAAAAAUUCCCGAUUUCAGAUAAUGCUGCUUUUCCUUGGUUUUGCAACGUUGGCGAUUGGUAUAACAAUAUUUGCUAGCACCAUUCAAGGUAUGCAGAGCAAUCAAUUUUACCAGAAACGUACCAACGAACUAACCGAGGAAGAUAUUGUUGUCGCCGGAGCUGAAAUUUCGAUUGAAAUGCUUUCGUUGGGAUGUUUUUUUGCAGCCAUCGGCUUGGGUUGCAUAAUUUUAUACCUGAGUGUAGCUAAUUGGCGACGUAAUUGUGUCUGCCGGUGCCCGUUCUUUGAUAAGAAAAAAUCUCUAGCCAGACAAUUGCAAUGCCAAAAUGGCGGUGGUUGUGGUGAAGGUAUAAUGGCGUUAAAUCCUUCAACAGAUCCACUGGUAUCGCAUACACAAUACGCACCUGUUUCAGAAUUGCCACAUCGAGGGGACGAUGAAGAGCGUCGUAAUCUGAUGCCAGACAACAAGGAUUGUCUCAGCAGCGCUGAAGAAUCGGAUCGUAUGUUGGAGCCUGAUCCACGAAUUGUUUUGCGGCCAAUGGGACGUGUCGAUGAUGCUUAAGGGCGAUAAUAAUAGAAUUUAUGGGAACGAUUAUGCAGUUGGGAAUGCGAUCGGUAUCGUUAUUUAUGCUAUGAAUUUAAAAGUAGUGAUUCUACUUAUCUUAUGUGUACCCACUAAAUGAAUACAAGAGUAGUUUUACGGUUAUUUCGCUUGGGUAGAGAUAUUGGUGGGAUAGGCUUUAUCUCAGAAUGUUGUAAUGUUUUUUGGAGAAAGAAAAAAAUGAAACAUUUAAUUUGUUCUUAUCCCUGAACCAAGGUUAAAAAGAGAAUAGAAAUUAUUUCAAAAUUAUGUAUGUGUUAAACUCUUGAUAUUGUCAAGAGUGCCUAGCUUUUACCUAACAUAUUUUAUUAAAAUUUUAUAUCAACAUAUUAAUGUAUGUAGCAUAAAAAUUAUAGAUUAAAUAAUCUUCUAGCUGUAAGUAAUUACUUAACGCUUAAGCAAAGUCGGCAAUUUGUUGAGCACGCACACAAACACACAGGCAUUCGCAUUUAUGAAUUCGGUGUAAAUUCGAAAAAAAAAAGAAAACUAACAUAAAAAAUAUUUUAAAUUAACGAAUAGAGCAUAAUUUGAAGUAAAUAUUACAUUUGGAAAAAAAAAUCCCUCGCUUAUAUUUACAUGAGGUGUAAAAAUUAGCACAUUUACUACAUACAUGCAUGUAUGUAUAUUGUAUAUACAACACAGUACGGGUUUGUGCAUAUGCAAUUUUACUCUACAUGCAUUUCUUAGAACUUACUCAAAUUUUUUGCUUUCACCAACCAAUAAAAUGACGUACGUACUUAUUUUUUAAAAUAAGA